GUGAAGCACUCUUUAAGCGAAGAAGAAAAAACAGCACAACGUGAGAGCCAUGCCGAAAUCCAAGAGAGACAAGAAAGUUUCUUUAACCAAAACAACCAAGAAGGGGUUGGAAGCCAAACAAAACUUGAUUGAAGAGUUGCGGAAAUGUGCAGACAUCUACAGAUACGUGUUUGUGUUCUCAGUGGAAAACAUGAGAAACAACAAACUGAAAGACAUCAGGACGGCCUGGAAACACAGCAGGUUUUUCUUCGGUAAGAACAAAGUCAUGAUGAUUGCUCUGGGUAAAGGACCGACAGAUGAAUACAAAGAUAACCUGCAUAAACUGAGCAGGUUUCUUCGAGGGGAAGUGGGUGUUUUGUUCACAAACAAAACUAAAGAUGAAGUGCAAGAGUAUUUCGGGAACUUUAAAGAGGUGGAUUAUGCUCGUGCUGGAAACACAGCAAGCAUGGCGGUGACUCUGGAUGAGGGCCCACUGGAUCAGUUUCCACACUCGAUGGAGCCGCAGCUCAGACAGCUCGGUCUCCCGACUGCUCUGAAGAAAGGUGUGGUGACGCUAAUAAAGGAUUUUGAAGUGUGUAAAGAGGGAGACACACUCACACCUGAACAGGCUCGGAUUUUGAAACUCUUUGGAUUCGAGAUGGCGGAGUUCAAGUUGUCGAUUAAGUGCAUGUGGAAUUCUGAAUCCGGGGAGUUUGAGAAGCUGACAGACGCUGAUGAAGAUGAGACGAAAGAAGCAGAGGAUGAAGACUCAGAGGACGGAGAAGGGAGCGAAUAAAACUGCACACACACAAUGAACUUUAUCUGCCAUGAACAUUUGUAUGUGUUGAUCGGACAUAAACAUGUACACUUUA